AACUGUCACUUCACCUUCAUCAUCAGCUAAAUAAAAAAUAUUGGCAUGCUCUAUUUUACUCAUUUUUUCACAAUUGAUUCAGCAGCUCUUUAUUUCUCCAAGAACUAAAGCAUAUAUUCGAAAAUGUUUGAUAUCCUUUUUGGAUGGAGAAAAGCUUCUAAAUGUAAGAAACUUAUACGAAGUGCUCAGUGUCGUCUGAAACUGCUCAAGAGCAAGAGGAGUUGUAUCGUAAAGCAGUUGCGCACAGAUGUGGCCGAGCUUCUUCGACAUGGGCAUGAAAAAAGUGCCUUUGACAGGGUUGAGCAGCUAUUGAAAGAUGAAAGUAUGGUGGAAGUAUAUGAUCUAAUUGAGAAAUUUUGUGAAUUUAUAAUCAACAACCUUUGCUACAUCCGCAAACACAAGGACUGUCCGAACGACAUUAAUGAAGCAGUGUCGACUCUCAUAUUUGCAUCAGCAAGACUUGGCGAUCUACCAGAACUGAUAACCAUUAGGAAACUCUUUCAGGAGCGUUAUGGUCAGAGAUUCGCAAGUGCUGCGCUUGAAUUACACCACGGAAAUCUUGUAAAUCAUCAGAUUAGGGAGAGCAUUUCCAAACAAAAUGUGCCAGAUGAAGUGAAGUUCAAACUGUUAGAUGAAAUUGGGAGGACUUGUGUUGAGCCAGGGCUGCUGUUGCUUGAAUACAAACCCGAGUUGCUAGAAGAAUCGGUAACCACACCUAUAGGCAAUAAGUUAUCGAGUAGUGAUUUUCAGAAACAUAAUGACGACAAUGGCCUUGAAAUACCGGUUACCAACAUUGAAGGGAUGCGAGGAAAAACUGUAUACAUUGAUCUGUUAUCCGAGAAGCAAACAAUUUUGAAAAGUCCGUGCGAUUCUUACAAGUUUACAGCAGUCCAAAACUCUGCUCACAUUAUAGAAGAGAAACUAGUGAAGUCUUUACAGCAUAAUGAUAUGGCUAAAUUUGCGGUUUCAGAGUUUACUGGUGAAACUAAUGGUGGAGGCAUGGCAGACGAGUCUUCUUCAGAAACGUCAGUUCGACUACCAGAAGAAAUGAUAUAUCUUGAUGAUAUUGAGGAAUUCGUGUCUCCAUUGAGCAAAGACGGAAAUUGCCAAGAUCAAAGAUUAUUCAUGUUCAAAUCAUCUGCCGUUGCCUUGAAACCCGAAAUAGAUUAUGCUAUCGAGGCAAAUAUCAUUCCUCGUCAUGACAAGGUAUCAACGAAAUCGAGGAAAACUAGGAAGGCAGGUAGAAAAAGAUUGAGAAGAUCAGUUUCAAUAGAAAACAGAGAUGUGAACGAUGUUGAGUAUGCAAGUUACUACGGUGAAAGAUUAUCAAAUUACAAGACGAAAUCUCUUAAUCGGAGAAAGCAUCAGAAGAAGAUUCCAGUCGAAGACAAGAAUGGAAGGCAAGAAAAUGAGAACUUCACUUGUUCUUCCGAAGUGAAGAGCAACUUAAGUUUUGUCAAGUACAGAGAGAAAGAAUUAAGAUGUAGAAAAACCGCAAUCUCCAAGACGUUUACAGUGCAUAGUCUAUACGAAGAAAGGGAUGAGCAAUCCCAUUUAAGGGCAAUGAGUAUGCCCUUGGAAAGGCCUAAAGAAAAUCCUACAGAGAACGUUUUAAGGUAUCAGUCUUUCCCAAUUCAACAAAGUAAAGGAUCAUCUUGUUAUCGCCAUAUCCACCCAAAGCUUCCAGACUAUGAUGAACUAGCAGCCAAAUUCAUGGCUCUCAAAAAAGCAAAUUUCCAACCUAUUUGAUCUGUAUUUUUUCUCAACAGCUCUUUCUUUUUGUAUUUACUUAAUAGGAAAUUCAUGGCUUAAUUUUCUGUAUAUGUGAUGUAGCCGGACAAAGAAUUGUGCUAUUGUAGUAUAUAGAUUAGGGGUUUGUUUGAGC